UUGAAAUAACAAACAACUCAUACUAAGUUGGUUGGAGUUGAAGUCUGAAGAACAUCAACAAAGUAUUAAAAUUUUACAUUCGUGUAGUUUUACAAAUACAUUCUUAUUAAAAUACUUAAAUACUAAGUACACUACUUAAUACUAAUAGUUAUAGACAAGACGACAUUACUUAGUGCUUAGCUCAUUAUCAAUCUCAGCCAGAGAAGAAAAAAAAAACAGUUUUAUGGUUCAAAUACGACUGAAUCUGAUAGUGAUUGUGAGUUUUGGAUGUCAAAACAUGUAAACGUUUUGUAUACGCACUUAAAUUUAUUGUGACUUGAGAAAUAAAUUGUGACGAGGACGACCUCAACGAGCACCGUGACACUGUGACUCUGUGACUGUGACCAUGGACUUCAAAUCAACGUUACUCAUAUUCUUGGUAACGAUAUGCAGUAUCGUAAAUUCUUCAGUACAAAGCACUAAAUUUCGAACAAGAAAUGGAUCAGUCGAUAAACAAAAUGGAAGUACAACUCUCGAUGAAUACGAAGAUGAUUUUCUACCAUUUGAUGGACAACGGUACGAUUCAUUUGAUUGGGCCCUAUCGAAAAAACUUGCAGAAUUAAAUAGUGGCCAAAAUAUGAUCGUUUCCCCGAUUAGUGUUAAAAUUCUAUUGUCGUUGUUAUUCGAAGGAGCAGCUGGUAAUACUUCAAAGGAGCUGAGUGAAGUGUUAGAGUUACCGUUCGAACGUAAAGCAUCGCGUGAGCGAAUGCAAAAAGUUAUCAACUCGUUCCAAGCAAAACAUCCUGAUUACGAGUUGUUAAUGUCGACUCGUUUAUUUUUGGAUGGACAUUACACGCCACGUCAAAGGUUCACAGCCAUAUUAGAAAAUUUUUACAUGACGCAAAUACAAAAAAUUGAUUUUCGAACUCAUCCAAGUUCGGCUACAAAAUUAAUCAAUGAUUGGAUAACAGAGGCGACCAAAGGUCGAGUAGAAUCGAUCGUCACUGAUGAUGAUAUAAAAAAUUCAGUUUUAAUUUUGAUGAAUGCAAUUUUCUUCAAAGGAAAAUGGCGUUAUGCUUUUCAUCCAAAUGAUACCCAUACUGGUAAUUUUCAUAUUAAUUCCAAACAAAAAGUUCCUGCCACUUACAUGACAAACACUGCUUCAUAUUACUUCAUUGAAUCUGCUGAAUUGGAUGCAAAAGUUAUCCGAUUGCCAUAUCAAGGUCAUAAGUUCGCUAUGUACAUGUUCCUACCAAACUCCAAGAAUGGAUUACCCGAUUUAUUAAAACGUCUAACACCGAACUUAUUCCAUAAACAAUUAUGGCUUAUGGACGAAGUGAAAGUUAAAGUUGUCAUCCCAAAAUUAAAAUACGAAUCUACAGCACAAUUAGGACCGAUUUUGGAACAGCUAGGUCUAGUAGAAAUCUUCCAAAAUACAGCAAGUUUACCAGGAAUUGCACGUGGACAAAAUGGUGGACAACCAAAUUUAAUUGUAUCGGAUGCCUUCCAAAAAUCUGGUAUUGAUAUUUAUGAAGAAGGUAGUGAAGCGUUUAGUGCCACUUCAAUCACCUUGGGCAAUAAAUUCAAUUCGGCUGAUCACAUAUUUAACGCGUCCCAUCCAUUCUUGUUCUUAAUCGAAGAUGAACAAACUGGUGCAAUUUUAUACUUUGGCAAAGUUGAAAAUCCAACGAGCAAAACUGGUGAAAUUAAAGUUCCAUGGCCAGCAGUUCCACCACCAAGUGCAGCAUCUUUUAACCAACCUCAAUCAGCGUCAGAUGUUUCAACACCAUUUUUAAAUUCACCAGACGUGGCCAGUAAUUUACAAAAUACUCAACGCGCAAAUUAUUUUGAUGUUGAAAUAUUACAGGCAAUGGCACGAAAUAAACCGGGUAAUGUGUUAGUGUCACCAUUAAGUGUGAAAACUGUGUUGGCAAUGAUAUUAGAAGGAUCUGCAGGAAAUACAGCACGAGAAUUACAAUCGGCAUUACGCUUUCCAGAAUCAGCCGAGGCCACCAGACUAUACAUGCAAAGUUUGGUUUCUGGAUUAAAUAAUGUUAAAACAGCAGGCGUGGAAAUCAAUGUGGCGAAUGGAAUAUUCCAUGCGAGUUCAAUACCGCUGUAUCCAACUUAUAAACAAUUGAUUAAAAAUUAUUAUCAAUCUGAAUUGCAACCGGUUAAUUUCGCUGACAAAGUGAAUUGUGCUCAAACGAUUAAUAAUUGGGUAAAACAAAUGACAUCGAAAAAAAUUGAGCAAAUUGUGAAGCCAGAACAAUUGAAUCCAGCAACUGUAAUGGUUUUGGUAAACGCUAUAUUCUUCAAAGGAAAAUGGUUACAUUCGUUUUCUAAACGUGAUACUGUCGAACGAGCUUUCUAUGUUACAGAAGAUGAAAAUUUAUUUGUGGAAACAAUGCAUAUAACGGACACAUAUCGAUUCGCUGAAAUCCCUGAAUUAGAUUCGAAAGUUGUGGAUUUACCUUAUCAAGGUGAAAAGUAUGGCAUGUUGCUGAUUGUCCCCAACAAGAAAAAUGGAAUGAAUCAACUCCUAAGAGAUUUACCCCACAAACCAUUACCAGAUAUCUAUCAAUCGUUGUACGAAACGGAAGUAGAAAUAUCGCUACCGAAAUUCAAAGUAGAAUUCGAACAAGAUAUCACAUCCGAUUUACAAUCAAUGGGAAUACAUCAAGUUUUCACACCGGAAGCUGAAUUAACUGGCAUUGCACCGAAUGAGAAAGGUUUGCAUGUGGAUUCCGUCCACCAUAAAGUCGUUAUGGAAGUCAAUGAGGAAGGAAGUAUUGCGGCUGCGUCAACUGGAUCAAUGUUAAUACCAUUAAUUGGUUCAACAAAUCCACAAAUACGUGCGGAUCAUCCGUUCCUGUUAUUUAUUCAUGAUAUUGCGCAAGGAAACGUGUUGUUUGCUGGAAAAAUUGCAAGACCGAAAUAGUUCUACAACUGUCACGUCUCCCCUUCAAGUUUUAUUACGUUGCGUUGCGUUGCCAUACUUCAUACAAGAUUUUAAUAAUAAUGCGCUUUUAAGACUGAAUUUUUAAGCUUCUUUCAAAAAUUAUCUCAACUUAAAGGCAUAAAAGUUCCUCAAUUCGGUAUCGAAAUGUUUUCUCUUCAAAAAGAGAUGCUAGCACAAUUUAUUGAAUUUUUUGAAUUAAUCAGUCGUCCUUAGAUGUAGCCGUAGCCCCGUAGCCGUAACUUACUUCUUUUAGUUUCAAAAAUACGGUAAUCGGAAAAAAUAGACUGAAAAUUUUAUAGACCCGGAUUAUUUUUGAAGUUUUUAGCCCUUGCGUUCAAAAAUGGGACAUUAUUACAGAAUUUUUGUUCGGUCUAGUUUUUCGGGAUCUAUUUUUUUCGGUCUAUUUUUUCCUAAAUUCAAAAACUACUGAUUUUCAUCUUCAUUUGAAAAUGUGGAAAAUUUUUUUAGAAAAUUUAUAUGGCAUUAUUUGAUAUUAUAUAUUUUUUUUAUCGUUCUUAAUAAAAAAAAUCCUGAUAAUCAGGAAACGAAGGUUUA